AUGGCCCUCCACUCCGCUGUUACGGCGGUCACGCACCAUAUCCCUGGAUUCAUCAGACAGCCCGCCGAAGCGCUGAUCGGGCCGAAAUGCUACACUUCCUUGGUGUACGACUUUGAUCUCAGCGAUGUCGACUGUCUGAAGUACGCCUUGUCCAAGGGGCUCGGACUGGGUAUUGUGCUGGGCGGAGGUAUCGUCAAGAUCCCUCAGAUCAUGAAGAUCAUAUCAACAAAGUCUGCCCGUGGACUUUCCCUCUCCGCAUACAUCCUCGAAACAGCCUCAUACGCCAUCUCCCUCGCCUAUGCCUCCCGAAACCACUUCCCCUUUUCGACAUACGGCGAGAACUUCUUCCUCACCUUGCAAAAUGUAGCCAUCACCCUGCUCAUUCUGCACUUCUCCACUUCGUCCGUCCGCGCCGAUACCCGCAAGCCCCUCACGUCCGGCCAGAACCGGUCCAGUACCGGCAAAGUCGUCGCUGGUCUCGUCGUGGCUAUCACUUCCGGCUUCUUUCUCUCGUCUUCAUCAUUAUGCCCUCCACGUGCACUGGCUUUUUUGCAGGCCGUCACUCUCCCUUUAUCGCUCUCAUCUAAGGUUCCGCAGAUCCUCUCGAACUACAGUAACGGAUCGACCGGGAAUCUCUCCGCCUUCGCAGUCUUCAACGCCCUGCUCGGCUGCCUCGCCCGCCUAUUCACGACCAAGCAAGAAGUCAACGACCCGCUCAUCUUCUGGGGAUUCGCAGGCGCCGCGGUACUCAACGCUGUGAUUGCCGCACAGAUGGUGAUGUACUGGAACAAGGGCGAGGGAGUGGGGGCGGGCCGGAGGGUCCGAGCGGAGGAGGGACUGGGAGAGGCUAGUCCCAUGAGGAAGGUGCCGACCGAGCAGCAGCCGAGAAGGUGGGGCAGGAAGCUGGAUUAA